AUGAACAGAAUCUUCGGACGCGGAAAGCCCAAAGCGCCUCCCCCAAAUCUGUCAGACUGCAUCGGCAAUGUCGAUGCGAGGACAGAGUCCAUAGAAAAGAAGAUUGGCAGAUUAGAUGCUGAACUUUUAAAGUACAAGGAUCAACUAAAAAAGAUGAGAGAUGGGCCCUCAAAGAACAUGGUGAAACAAAAGGCCAUGAGAGUCCUGAAGCAAAAAAGAAUGUAUGAAGGUCAAAGGGAGCAGCUGGCCCAACAGUCUUUCAACAUGGAGCAGGCAAACUACACAAUCCAGACACUGAAAGACACCAAAACAACCGUGGAGGCCAUGAAGAUUGGUGCAAAGGAAAUGAAAAAGGCUUACAAGGACGUCAAACUUGAUCAAAUUGACGAUUUACAGGACCAGCUGGAGGACAUGAUGGAAGAAGCCAGUGAGGUACAAGAGGCCCUUAGCCGCAGCUAUGGCACUCCAGAGAUAGAUGAGGAUGAUCUUGAAGCAGAGCUGGACGCGCUGGGUGAUGAGCUGCUGCUAGAUGAUGACAGCUCCUACCUCGAUGAAGCCUCAGCUGCUCCAUCUAUUCCAGAGGGAAUCCCCAGUGACAGCAAAACAAACAAGGAUGGUGUUUUGGUGGAUGAGUUUGGCCUCCCACAGAUUCCUGCCACAUAAACAAGGAAUGGAUCAAAACAGCUGCACUACAACAAAAACACUUUUAUAUGUAGAGUAACAUUUAUACAUGCAAAAACCAUUUGAGCUGUGCUAAUAUAGGUUUGUGUAUUGUUACUACUACUGUGCUAGCAUGUGGCCUUGUAACAUACUGAACCUUGUUUAAAACAUUAUGCCCCCUUUUCCCCUAUCGCCCCUCUGUCUGACAGUUCAGUCUCAUUCAUCACCAGGUUCACAUAGUAUUACUUUGUUUUGAUUUGUUAAUAGUUUUGUGUUUAGAAAUUUCCAUGUUGUUUUAGUUCUCAAAAGAGUGGAGAUGAUUCCUAUUUGACGUGUGUAAAAUGUUUGCAGUUUAUUUGGCACAUGGAAAAUAAAUGAUGCGUUUAAUUUAA